GCGUAGCGAGGGGCCCGCCGUUGCGGCCUCCACAAUGGAGCCACCGGAGUCCAGCCUCGGGAAAGGGGGCAACGCUGGCGGCAAACCCGAAGCCGCGGGAACGGCGGGGCCGCAGGAGCGGGCUCCGCUGGUGUCGGUGGCAGCCGUGCUCCCUGCGGCAGGGAGCGGGGAACGCAUGGGCGGCGACACCCCGAAGCAGUUCUGUGCCUUGCUGGGCAGGCCGCUCGUUAGCUACACGGUGCAGGCGAUGGAAAGAAUCAGCUGGAUAUCUGAUAUCGUUGUGGUGGUAUCCCCAGAGAAUGUUGAAAUAAUGAAGUCUAUCAUAAAAAAAUAUGAGCACAAGCGGACCACAGUAGUUGAAGGUGGAAUUACUCGUCAUAGAUCAAUCUUCAAUGGACUGGACAUAUUUGUAAAGAGCAACCAUCUCAGUCCCCCACUCCAGAAACCAGAAGUAGUAGUAAUCCAUGAUGCUGUGAGACCAUUUGUAGAGGAAGAAAUUCUUUUUAAAGUAGUUAUGGCUGCCAAAGAGCAUGGGGCGGCAGGAGCAAUCCGUCCUCUUGUCUCCACUGUUAUUGCUUCCUCUGCAGAUGGAUGUUUAGACCAUUCACUAGAUCGUGCCAAGUACAGUGCAAGUGAAAUGCCUCAGGCUUUCCUAUUUGAUAUAAUCCAUCAAGCAUAUCAUCAGUGUAGUGAUUAUGACUUGGACUAUGGAACAGAAUGUUUGCAUCUGGCUCUGAAAUACAGCAAAACAAAUGCUAAACUUAUUGAAGGAACCCCUGACUUAUGGAAGGUGACCUACAAACGGGACCUGUAUGCAGCUGAUUCUUUAAUUAAGGAUGCCAUAUCACAACAAGUUUGUGUUCUUACUAAUGUAAAGGAAGAUAGCGUGCAGGUUGGCUUUCUCCUUCACGAAACACUAAAGAAGCAUGUGAAACUGGUUAAAGGUAUAUCAACAUCUCUUUGUAAACAUUAUAACCAUCUACAAAAUAUCUUACUAGGACAAUGUUACAACUUUAUUUGCAUAAAUAAUAAACUGUCUGACUUUCAAGAAACCCAUCAGCUAGUGAACCUACUUGAAAACAGAAAUGCUUCUAUCCUGUAUUCUGUUGUUCUCAUCUCAGUACACUUGGAUAUUUUAGAAAAGGCAUGUUUUAGCACUGAAAUGCAAAACUUAGCUAAACUUGCAAAAGAAGUGAAAAAGAAAAAUAUUUUGCUUUAUGGUCUCAUUAUACGGUACCAAAAGGACAAUCUGAAGCUUCAAGAGACCAUGGAUUCAGCAGUUUCACUUAUCAUGGCAUUAAUAAGGGACAGAAAUCCAGCCUUCGUUGGUCAGCUUCUAGUGGCAUGAGAAGGAAAUAUGAAAGUAUUUAAUCACCAGGCUUCCAGAAACCCUUUACAGUGCAAUGCUAUUGUCCCCACAGCAGAUACUUCUAAGCCUCAAAUUUGUAGACUUCUGAGUAUGUGAUGGGAGGGGUGAGGUGCUGCAGCAUUUUAUUUUAACAGACAUUUUAGAUAUGGUGCCAAGAAAGGGGAAGGAAGCUGGUCUGCCAGUUGGAAUCCAUGGCCCCAGCUGCCUUCUCACCCAUGGUGCAACCCUUCUCCCCUGAGGUCCAGUUGCAGCCAUAGAAGGGCAGAGCAGGAGCUCAGUCUUCAGAGUUCUAGUUCCAAGAUUGUAGGAUCUCAGAGCUGGGACUUCAGAGAAUCCUUUGGCCUCUGACAUGGUGUUGGGCGGUCAUAGGAUUAUGCCCUUACUGAUGAAAGAACAUGCAGUUUCAUUAACAACUGCAAUUGAAAUUUACUGCCAGUCUAUUAAGGUUAGCAUUUGGAUAUUUGUGAGAGAGAUUUUCUAUGACAUACAGUAACUAUACAGUACAGAAGAUUGUUAUUUGUUGCCUUUGGGUAGAAAGAAUGGAUAUGAAACAAAUCGGGUUGUGCUCUAAAGGGAUAUAACUAUAGUGUGGUUUCAAAGCUGUAUGAGCAUGAUUCAGCUAAACUGAAGUACUUUUGAGUACAUUUAUUCCAAUGUGGAAUUUUAAGCAUAUACAUAACACUCUCCUUGAAAUAAAUAGGACUAACUCUGGAAUGUUCUGCAUGUUUACUUUGAAAUGAGUUCCAUUGUAAGUUGCAUAGGUUGAAUGAGGUUUAGUUAAUAAGUGUGUUUAUAUACAGAAAGAGAGAUGAAAUACUUUUUCUUAUUUUCUCAGUCUAGGAAAUAGUUCUUAUUGCUGAUCAGGUUCCAAAAAUACUAUCUUCCUUUAUUUCUGUAAAAGGGGCUUUUAAAAUGAAGUUAAUAUGUUAAUGCUGUCUAAUUUUCUGUUUCCACACAUAAAAAUAUGUUAU